AUGGGCAAAGAAAAAAAGGUAUACGUUCAAAUCAGAAGUAUAGAUCUUGGUGGAUAUGCUGCCACUGAUAAGGCCGAACUUGUUUUAUGCGUUGGUCCAAAACAUAACUUUAUUCCAUUUGCUUACGACCUUAGAGCAGGCGAAAAGCACCACAUUAAUCACACAUGGAAAUUCCACUUCAAGCAUGAAGAAGAUUCAUCAUUUGUUGUUGUUCUCUUCAAGCAUCAUUUCUUAGGAGACAAAGAGAUUGGUGAAUUAGAGUUUUUGGUCAAGGGAUUUCAGCCAAAUACUGUUGUUUCAGAUAAGUUUACACUUCAAUCUGCAAACGAAGAAGCUCGUCCAGCUGAUGUUGAAAUGGAUAUCCACGUUGAUGAAGAUGGCGCAGCUCCAUUCCAUGCUCCAGAAGGUUUCAUGUUUGAUGGAGCUAUCAAGAAGCACAAUCACAUCUACGGUGUUCCAGAAGAGAAGAUCUGCAAUUAA